GAUCGCCGGUGCACUGUGUCCCUCGGGCACAGCGGAUCACGGAAAGAGCCGAAGAUGUCGGCUCGGUCAUGUGAUCAGCUGUGUCCAAUCACAGCUGAUCACAUGGCACUGAUGAUCAGUGUGCCCUGAUGAUCAGUGUGGCCCCAGAAGUGCCACCAGUAUGUGCUCAUCAGUGCCACGUGCCAGUGCCCAUCAGUGCCACAUCAAUGCCACAUAUCAGUGCAUACCAGUGCAGAUCAAUGCCACAUAUCAGUGCUCAUCUGAGCUUCCUUUCAAUGUCGCCCAUUAGUGCCAGUCAGUGCCACAUAUCAAUGCCAAUCACUGCCACCUAUCAGUGCCAGUCAGUGUCACCUAUCAGUGCCAGUCAGUGCCGCCUAUCAGUGCCAGUCAGU